GAAGGGCGAAUAGCGAGCGGGGCGUAUCAACGCGAUUCCUGCGAGCGUACGCCAGCGAUCCGCAUUCUCGCUCGCGCGAUGUCCUCGAGCUGGUGCCGCGAGUGAACUCUUCGAACUGGUGCAUGAAUAAGUUUUUCGACUCGCGACCAUUGGCUUGACACGCGAUUAUCCGCAUCGAAAAUCGUUUCAAAGAAAAAUUUACCCUCGAAGAUCGUUUCAGAGAAGUUUGAGUGAAAUUCCUGCAACGAGCUGACAAUAUCCGAGAGAUAUCCGACGACGAUAAUAUUCGCGUUUGCAUUCGAAUAAUCGAACUUGUUCCGUGUCAUGUGACACCGUUAAACUUGAAUAUUAGUUAAUGAAAAGGUGCAAAAAUUAUCGUGAUUUUUACGUCCAAGAAGACAAGACAUCAAAGACGAGGAAAUGAUUCUAAUAAUCUCAUGAUACAAGAAAACGUAUGCAAAAUAUACCGACGUGAAACGAACAACUGAUCAACGAGAAGGGAUAGCGAAACAGCGAAGCGAACUAUCCAUCAGACAGCAGUUGAAUGAUAAGCCAAACAACUAACUCUACGAAGCUUCCGCUGAUAAUUGUAUUCUUGUCGUGUGUUAUAAUAUAUUACCACAGAAUUCACUUCGUUCUUCCAUUAUUACUGGCAGAAUCAAUGAACUUGGGGAGAUUUAAAAUUGUAAUUUCACAGCUAUCCAAGAUUAUAAAAUAUUAUAUUAUAGUGAAUUAAAGUGCACGGUCUCAUCGAAAUUUUCAUUUUUGAAGUUUGCUUGUACUUGAAAAAAAAAAAAAGAAACUGGAAAGUGUGACACGUGAAAUACGAACCGUCGAGGUCGAACAGCUAGUCGAAGUGAAUUACACUAUCGUUAAAAUUAUCUCUUUUCUAAGAACGAAUCGAGGAAACUGCAAAGUAUAGCACUAACUGUGAAAAUUCCUCGCUGAAAGUGGCAAGAAUCGAUGCAUUCCUGGGGAACAAACGGAUAACCUCGUUUUACAAGAUCGUUAUAAAAUUAUUCGUAGAUCGACCGACGAAAAGCGGGUAGAUAACGCGUGACAUGUGUGACCUUUUCCUUUGACCGAAGAACGGGAGAGUAGAGAGCAUAGAAGCUCCGCGGCAAAACACGAUCAUUUCUCAGUCGAUCAGGCAAAUCAUUAGGCCAACAUGUGUCAACGAGUGAUAUUGCUAAGUUUGCCGAAAGCUGACUCGAUCGAUAUCCAGUUUACUAAUCUCACCUGCGAGGUGAAGGGUAACUAUUUCGGUUCGUUGAAGAAGAUCCUGAAAGGGGUUAGUGGAACCUUCAAGUCCGGAGAACUGUCGGCCAUAAUGGGACUGUCUGGUGCUGGAAAAUCAACUUUGUUGAACAUUCUGACGGGAUUUCAGAGAGGCAAGUGGACAGGAGAGAUCAACUACAUCGGCAAUCAGGGAAAACAAAGUUGGAAACAAUACAAGAAGCAGUCGUGUUACAUUCAACAGGACGAUCAUUUGUUGCCAUUGUUCACCGUGUGGGAGACCAUGUGGAUGGCAAGUAAUUUAAAAAUCGGUAACAGUCUGAGCCUAAAGGCUAAGGAAAUGCUGAUCGACGAGAUGUUGGAAAAUUUGGAUCUGAGCAGUACGAAGGAAACUAGAUGCAAUCAAUUGAGCGGCGGACAAAAGAAGAGGCUUAGCAUCGCGUUAGAGUUGCUGGACAAUCCACCGGUGAUGUUCCUCGACGAACCAACAACCGGCCUUGACUCUUUAUCCUCUCACCAGUGUAUCAGAUUGCUGCAAAGCCUGGCCAAGGCCGGUAGAACUAUCAUCUGCACGAUUCAUCAACCUAGUGCGGCCACCUACGAGAUGUUCGACACCGUCUAUCUUCUGGCUGAUGGUAGAUGUAUGUACGAAGGAGCUACGAAGAACACGGUCGCGUACUUUUCCAGUAUUGGACUUCACUGUCCCAUGUAUCACAACCCAGCUGACUAUAUGAUCGAAAUAAUAAGCAAGGAAUACGGAGAUUUCAACGAUCAGUUGGCACAUCUAGCCAACAAUAGGGAGAAGUCGUGGCGAUUGAACACCUCGCAGAUCCAAAGUACAGAAGUUAACAAUAGUACGAACGUAACAAAAGCCAGUGUACUGAUCCAAUCACCGUCAGAAUUCGAGAAGUUUUUCGUGUUGAUACGACGGUUUAUGAUCCAAUUGUUCCGAGACUGGACGGUCACCUACCUAAAGAUACUCGCUCAUUUCGUAGUAGGCGUGUUGCUAGGUCUCUUGUACACGGAUGCUGGCCAUGACGGAAGCAAGACUCUUAGCAACGUUGGAUUUUUCAUGGUCAGUUGCACAUAUCUGAGCUACACGAGCAUGAUGCCGGCGGUGUUCAAGUUUCCCUCGGAGAUGAUGACGUUGAAAAAGGAAAGAUUCAAUAACUGGUACCAGCUAAGAACGUAUUUCGUGGCCUCGCUUAUAUGCAACUUGCCUAUACAGGUAUUUUACGCCUUCGUCUACAGUGGUACUUCUUAUUUCCUGAGUGGACAACCUUUGGACGUCAACAGGUUUCUUAUGUAUUUAAUGGUGGCCAUUAUGGUUACGCUAAUAUCGGAUAGCUUUGGUGUUUUGAUAGGCAUUCUAACGAAUCCUGUAAAUGGAACGUUCGUAGGUGCCGUAUCACUUUGCACUAUGUUAAGCCUGUCGGGCUUCUUGGCUCAUUUCAGCCAUAUGCCACGUAUUUUGUUCUAUAGUAGCUACCUAAGCCACAUCAAAUAUGGGGUGCACGCGUUAGUUCACGCGAUCUACGGUUUCAAUCGUGAGAAGCUAUCCUGUCCGAAAAUCUACUGCCACUAUAGCAUGCCUAGCACGUUGAUGACAGACCUGUCAAUGACGGACGGCAAGUAUUGGUUCGAUAUCUUCCUGUUGUUCUGCGGCUUCUUGCUCUGCAGAAUCAUCGUCUAUCUUUCUCUCAAGAGGAAACUCGCCAGAGCAUGAAAACAUGUCCAACUUCUAUCCAUGAUUAAUUUAAACGUUGAUUCUACUUGAGAAUAUACAUGAACAUCGACUACCGUUUGUGUUAACGAUUCGGCAUUGGAAAUUUUAUGAGAAUAUCGCAAGUGUAUUUAGUGACAUGUGAUUCAAGACAAUGGUGUCGAGUGAUCGUGUGAACAGGAACGAAUAUCUUUUCGAGUUUCUUUUCUCGAUUAAAAUAUUACUUCGACGAUGAUGUAAUAUCUAUUUACACUACGACGUUCAUUUUAUAUUAAAAGUCUACGAGUGA